GGAGGUUCGAUGAUGGGCCGUGCGGUCCAUUGGAGCCGAAUUGAUAGUGCUGGUGUGAUGUCCACCUAUACGGUGUGAUGUCCAUUGGCAGACUGCGGGAUUCAAGUUUGCAUCCAAGGCAUGGCUAGAAGCCUCGGCCCCUUGUGUGUCAACAAUUUUUUUCUUUUUAUGUCUGCCAUGCGUGGAAAAGUUGGUGCAUGAUAUCUAUGUAUAGCAAUGUGCAUGACUGUUGAUUUAAUGAAAGCCCCCGUAUGGAGAUGUAAAACCAUCCUGGCAGGGGAGUCUAGAGGAGAGUGGCUUCCUUCUCUCAUGCUCUGCCCUAGCACUGCCCAAGUACGGGGACAGAGGGUCGUGGCUUUUGGGGGCCGGGUGAAACCACACCGAAGCAAAAUCAAUGGAAGACUUGAUACCACGUGGCCACCCUCGGGAAAUGGAUUGGGAACCGCGGUGAAAACGACGCUGGAUGGGUUGAUGUGGCCGUGUUGGCAUUUGGGGCCUACAGCGAAGGUUGGUCGAUCAAGAUGGAACUGCAAGAGGCAAAGUGACCUCCUUGAGGAAGAAAAAGGCAAUACUGUGAUACCAUGGCAAGAUGCAUUCGAACGAUCUCAAGCAAAGGAUUAUCAUGAGAUCAUAACCUGGCGUCACAUAGUAGUAUGGAUGUGGAUCAAAACCUGUGGUGCCAUUCUCGGGGUAGCAGCUAGCCCCCUUUUCAAGGGCCUUCUUUGGGGUAGGUACCAGGGUUUGGAGCCACACCCAUCUACGAAGCGGGCUUUCCGGCAGGCAUUGCCUGACUCACCCAUGGAAGCCCUGGUCCGAGACCUCCUAGCAGCCAACCCAACUGUUUCAGAGGAGCAGAUCCGGCAGUUUCUGCAGCAACGCUUCCGCGAGUAUGACACCAGUUUUCGAUCACCAUUGACCGAAACGACAGAGAGCGGUUGGGAGGGACGGAGCGGCUCGCUGCCGGUGGCGGCUCGCUGCCAUUGUGGGAGAUGUAAGAUUCAAUUUCAGGUUGCCAGAGGAGAGAAGCCCAUCAGAUGCCACUGCCCCAGUUGCAGACAUUUCCAUUCCAGUUCCUUCGCGGCAUAUCUUUCGGUGGAGUCACCCGACUGGCGUGCUGCUGGUCUUCAGGUCCACCCAGACUCCUGCAAGGUUUUGGGGCAGGUGAAGCGAUUCAUGUGUGGCCAUUGCUAUACCAAGUUGGGCACAGAAGCGAUCGAUUCGGGCCGCUCUUACUGUUGCUUGGGGUCUGUAGAUGAUGAAUCCAUCCCAGAUAGCCUAGCCUUAGAAUGGCAAAGCUCCUUUGAAGACUGGCACCAGACCUCUGCAGUCCGCUGGUGGCAUGCGCAGCCUUCAGCGCUUUGUGGAGUGUCCCGGCGCACUGGCCUUGUGAAGGGCGCCUGUGCCUGUGGGAGCUGUAGCUUUGAAGCCUUGCUGCUGCCUGGGGAGUUGCAGCACUGCUACUGCAAGUUGUGUCGACGCCUCUCAGGCUCCGUCGCUCAAACCUGGGUCCCGGCCUCCUUGGAGCGCUUCACCUGGCGAAGCUCCGAGCCCUCCACGUUGGCCUUACUGCGCACCACGGGUCACGGGCAGCGGCACUUCUGCCGGAGCUGUGGAAGCUGCUUGACCAUCGUCUACGACUCGCAGCCGGACUGCAUUUGGCCGGCCGCAGGGACCUUGGAAGACACGCAGGUGGUGGAUCAAGCGAUGUGGUAUCGAGUGAUUCACAUUUGUUGCUCGAUGAUGCAAAGGUGGUACAAGCUGCCUGAUGAUCAGCUACCUCGACUGAAAUAUGCUGGGUAGGCAUGAAGUAUCAGGAAAGGCUGAGAUCCACCUUUGAGACUUGCGCCUUUACUUCAGUGGACAAAAAGUGCCCUCCUGUGCUUCCAAGUUGUAGACAGAGCAGGUCAACUGCAGAACUGUUUCAACCAGGUGGGCGAACUUCGUCAAGCUUUGCCGCCGACCUGAAGAGCAGGGCGGCUACCCGGUUCGCCACUGGUUCGCCCUCGUUGAUCCACGGAGGAGAUUCCACAAUCCUUGGGUUAGCAGCUAGGGCGCCGCAUUGCUUUGGUUUGAACGAAUGGUUUGUGGGAGUUUCAGUCGUGGUUUUCAUGGUCCAUUUGAUUGGUGCCCACACCGGCCCACCCAAACCAUGCGAACACAUCCUAGCGAAGGACGAAUCGGACAAUUGGAUACAUUUGGUUUCGGUGAAGUGUAGACAGUUUCUUCCUCUUUCUUCCAGGAUCUUUGUGUGCUUUGUCACUUAUCCCACCCUGUUUAUGGCCGCC